CGACCCUAUAAAUAAAGUUCUUACUUUCUCUCACAAAACCCUUAAACCCUAGGAGCAGCUUCCUCCGCUCUUCUCCUCUCCUUUUUUUUUUUUACAAUAAAAACCACCGCUGCGCCAAAACCCUAAUCUCAAAAUCUCCAACGCCGGCAUCUGCGUUCUUCUGCCGCUCAAUCGAACUUGGGUUAAGGAAAAAUGCUUGUGCUGUUUGAAACCCCCGCGGGCUUUGCCCUUUUCAAAGUCUUGGAUGAAGGCAAACUCUCCAAAGUUGAGGACUUAUCGAAGGAGUUCUCCACUGCUGACUCUGCAAGAAAGAUUGUAAAGCUAAAAGCUUUUUCAAAGUUCGAAAAUAUUUCAGAGGCAUUGGCAGCAGCCACGUUAUUGAUUGAUAGCAAGCCGAGCAAAGGUCUCCGUAAAUUUUUACGCGCCCAUUGUGAAGGUGAAGCCUUGGCUGUAGCUGACUCAAAACUUGGGAAUGCAAUCAAGGAGAAGCUGCAAAUUGAUUGUGUGCACAACAAUUCUGUCAUGGAACUGAUGAGAGGCGUAAGAAGUCAGUUGUCGGACCUAAUAUCUGGUUUAGGUGCCCAAGAUUUGAAUCCAAUGAGCCUGGGUUUAUCUCACAGCAUGUCGAGAUACAAACUAAAAUUCAGCCCAGAUAAGGUGGACACCAUGAUCAUUCAGGCUAUUGGCCUUCUGGAUGACAUUGAUAAAGAGUUAAACACAUAUGCGAUGAGAGUUCGAGAAUGGUACGGGUGGCAUUUUCCGGAGCUGGCAAAGAUUGUGCAAGAUAAUAUACAGUAUGCCAAGACUGUAAAAUUGAUGGGUGACCGCUCUAAUGCUCCAAAACUUGACUUUUCUGAGAUACUCCCUGAGGAAGUUGAAACAGAGCUCAAGGAAGCUGCUUUGAUAUCAAUGGGAACUGAAAUUAGUGAGCUUGACUUAAUGAACAUAAAGGAUCUCUGCAGCCAAGUUCUUUCUUUUGCCGAGUACAGAGCUCAAUUAUAUGACUACUUGAAAAGCAGGAUGAACACCAUUGCCCCGAAUCUUACCGCUCUUGUCGGCGAACUAGUUGGGGCUCGCCUUAUUGCUCAUGGCGGCAGCUUGCUCAAUCUUGCUAAACAACCGGGAAGUACAGUACAGAUCCUUGGUGCAGAAAAAGCCCUUUUCAGAGCACUCAAGACAAAGCAUGCAACUCCUAAGUAUGGUCUUAUAUACCAUGCAUCUUUAAUUGGUCAGGCAGCACCCAAAAAUAAGGGUAAAAUCGCUAGAAGUCUUGCUGCUUCAGCUGCAAUUUGCAUUCGAUGUGAUGCUCUCGGCGAAAACCAGGACAGUACAUUGGGGUUGGAGAGGAGAGCCAAGGUUGAGGCUCGAUUGAGAAGUUUGGAUGGAAAGGAACUUAUUCGUUCUGCUGGAUCUGUUAAAGGCAAACCAAAGAUUGAAUCUUAUGAUAAAGAUAGGAAGAAGGGUGCUGGUGGACUGAUAACUCCUGCCAAGGUCUACAAUCCUGCUGCUGAUGUUAUUCUUGGGAGGACUGAGGAGGAAACACAGAAGAGCGAGGAUGUAGUUGAAGAGGUUCCUGUCAAUGGCCAUGAGAAGAAAAAGAAGAAGAAAAAGAGAGAUGCAGAAGCAGAGGAUGGUCCUGCAGAGCCUGAAAAUGAGGCAACUGAAAAGAAAAAGAAGAAGAAAAGCAAGAAACAUGAAAAUGAGGACGGUGAGCAGCCGCAAAAUGAGGCUGAAGAUGCAGAAGCUGGAGAAACGAAGAAGAAGAGAAAGCAUUCUGAAACCGCCGAUGAAGAUGCUGAAACGCAAAGUGGGAAGAAAGAUAAAAAGAAGAAGAAAAAGAAAUCAGAGGAAUGAGAGAGAUCAAAGGAGAACCAUUGUUGAGAUGUACUGUUCUUUAGGGUUGUUGGGUUCUUGGCGUUGAAGUUUGUCUUUCUUUGGCAUCUUACCUUGUAGGAUUAAAUUUAGUAUUUAUAUCUGCUAUUAAGGAAAAGACGUACCCACAGAAAACUUGGUGGUUGUUCUUUUUAAAUUUUAUUCUUAUUAGGGUUCUUAUAUAUUUCACCCAGUUCAAAUUUCAGCCUUAGGUCGCUUACAAAUGACCAUUUGCACUAUGGUUCAAGGGUGACAAACUUUACUUGAACUAGUUACUUUGUUUGAACUAGUUCUAAUUCUUGUCAGCAGCUCUUCUACUCAUCUUGGUUUUCUUACCAUUAAAGAAAAAUUGAAGCAGAACCACCGCUGGUACAAAUCUAGUAUUUCGCGAACAAGCCUAA